AUGACAGACGGGCUGCGUCAAAUCACGCCUCCCUCGGCGGUGGUGCUAGACGAGCGCAAGUACCCAGUCAUCACAGAGGACCCCAGCUGGUCGCAGAUCUUCUCAUCCUAUCGGACAGAGGAUUAUAAGCUGCUGGGCGCGGCUGUCGCAAUUGGGGCGCCGUGGGGCUACAUCAUCGCGCGGUUGCUGGGCGUGCUGCCCAACGAUGAGGAGGUCAAGGCGUACGGCGUGGAGAGGAAGGGCAAGUGA